AUGCCGUGUCCUAAAAACACACAUGUCAAAUCAGUAGCACAGAAGAUAGUCUUGGGGGCUCUACUGACUUGCGUUAUGAUGGUCUUGUAUUGUUUGUCUCCACCAGCAUCCCACGUCAGCAUGCAUACUCCUCCGCCGGAUGCUGCCUGUGCAGAUGACGCGUCUAGGAGCUCUCGGCGAACUUUCUCCGUCUCUGAAGGAACGAAGGAAAAGACACAAAACUGUGAGCCGAAAAUCAACGUCAUGUUUAUGAAGACGCACAAAACUGCAAGUAGCACGUUACUAAACAUUCUUUUCCGGUUUGGGCAGAAGCACAACUUAAAGUUUGCCCUCCCUGCCAGCCGUAACGAUUUUUUCUAUCCAUCUCCAUUCUUCCGCUCACAAGUGAAGGAUUACAAACCGAGCAUGUGCUUCAACAUUGUUUGCAACCACAUGCGUUUCAAUGGUCCUGAGGUUGAAAAGCUGCUUCCAGCAGAUACAGUUUUCUUCACCAUUCUUAGAGAUCCAGCUGAGCUGUUUGAGUCAUCUUUCCAUUACUAUAGGAGUUUGGUUCCCCUUACAUGGAAAAUUCGUGGGCAAGACAAACUGACUGAGUUUCUAAAUGAUCCUAACCGUUACUUCACUCCAGACAGUUUUAAUUCCUUCUACCUCAAAAACCUGCAGCUUUUUGAUUUUGGUUACGAGAACAACCUUGAGCCGCAGGACCCCCAAGUGGAGAAAGCGAUUCAACACAUCGCUGAACGUUUUCAUUUGGUGUUACUGGCGGAGUACUUCGAGGAAUCGCUUAUGUUGCUCAAGGACGCCCUCUGCUGGAAUAUGGAUGAUUUGCUGUUUUUCAAACUCAACGCACGGAGGGGUUCCUCUGUGUCAAAGCUUACACCAGAGUUGAGGGCAAAGGCCCGUGAGUGGAAUGGCGCAGAUUGGAAACUAUAUCGCCACUUUAAUGCCACAUUCUGGGCAAAAGUAGAAGCGUAUGGCAAGACACGUAUGGAGAAAGAUGUGACAGAACUGCGAAGAAGGAAUGCAGAGAUGGCCGCCAAAUGUAUCGAAGGUGGAACAGCAGUGGAAGCGAGAGAAAUCAGGGAGCAAGGCAUGAAACCGUGGCAACCUGUUGGAGAGAGCUCCAUUUUAGGAUACAACCUAAGAACAAACAUCAGUCCCCAGCAUCAAGAACUCUGUAGGAAAAUGCUAACUCCCGAGAUCCAGUAUCUCACAGAACUGGGGGUGAAUUUGUGGAUCACCAAACUAUGGGGCUGGUUUAAGGAUAAGAUGUUGUCGUGA